UCAUCAUCAGGCAACGACAUCGAUGCUCAUCUGGAUAUAAACUCGCCGUCUUGCACAUCAUUCAUUAGCAUAUCCACUCGAUCAGUGUCAGUCUCGUCAACAACCGAGUUGAAGAAGAAGAGUGAACUGGCAGAUGUAUGCGCAGUGUUUACUGAUUCAUCUAUGACACUUGAUCAAACUGAAGUGAAUACAGCUUUAAAUGCGCAUAAAAGUGUUCGUUUCGCUGACGACUGUGGCCAUGAACUCGCUACUGUACGAGUUAUGACCGAGCCGUCUGAUUAUCCUCCAGCAAUCAAUCCAUCGGUGAUCAGACGGCUUUUGGGUAAAAGUGGAGAUGAUGAUUCGGGCGAUUCUGAACAGCCAUCAGCGGCUACCUGGGUGGUCGGAUUCAAGCAGCCGGCAAGUGAAUAUGUGAAAUUUCGAGAAACACUUGAGAGAGGCAUGGUAGCGCUCGAGAAUGUUAUGCUAAAAAACGAUAUAUGCCAUAUGGUUGGCACUGUUAAGGUGAAAAACAUUGCGUUCGAGAAGCGUGUCUUUAUUCGCUUGACGUCUGAUGGUUGGAAGAGUUUUAAGGAUAGUGCCGCAUCGUUUCAGCCAUCCUCGUCGAAAGCAUUUGACACGUUUAGUUUUGAUAUGGAAAUCCCAUCCAAUCAAAAUGAACCAAAUGCAACCAUUGAGUUCUGUGUGUGUUUUGAAGUUGGUCCAGCUGAUGAUGAAUCAAAGCGAUCGCAGUAUUGGGAUUCGAACGGUGGACUAAAUUAUCAACUGAAAAGUGCUGAAAGCGAUUCGAAUAAAUUGCAUGAGAUUACACCGUUGUUCGGCAGACAUCGUUUGGAUUCAGAUGAUGCCUAUUUAUGCGAUUAUGAUAAUUGGACGAAAUUCGCCAGCUGGAAAAAUCUAUCAACUGAAGGCCCAUAUUGGUGA